GCCAUGGAAACCCAUUCCAUGAAGCUCUCUACACACUCUUGUUGGGCUCAUCUGAAGGCCACACCAAGUUUGGAGGUUUUAGCUAUUGACUCUGCAGACAGUUGAAGCCGUCUGCAUGUCUAGGGGCUUGAUUGUAUACACCUGUGUCCAUGGAGGGGAUUGGAACACCUGAAUCACAUGAUUGGGAGGGGAUUGGAACACCUGAAUCACAUUAUGUGGAGGGGGCAAUACUUUGCAAUAUAAUGUAUCUGAAAAGGGUAAGUAUAAAAAAAAUAAAAUGAAA